GCCAAUGAUUGGGCCUUGAACAAAAUAGGGGUGUGUUAAUCAGUCGGUGACUGUGGGUAUUUGUCCAAUAGCUUUCACGUAAAAAAAAUUCACAUAUAAAAAGCCUGGUUCAAUCAAAAGCAGUGGUCUCUCUAUCUCUUUUCAAUCGUAGUUGUCUCUUCUACUUUUUUUAUUGCUUUUUACAUCAUGGCAUUCCAAUUCGGUCAUCAACAACCAUUGAAUUUCACCAACGGCAACUGCAAAAGAAAAUUGGAAGAUAAUGAUGAAGAAGAGUUUAUAUUGAAGCGAUUCAACGAUAUUAGUGCUCGAUUGACAUCCGUAGCGCAAACCACACCGGAUUCUAAUUUACCAUCAAUCACUUACGCUUCCCCAGAUUAUCGUCCCCCUCCACGCACAGAUGCAUUGUGGCUUCAACCAGUGCCUACGGCUACACCGGCCAUGGAAGAAGAUUCGACGGAUGAAGACGAUACUCAAUCGCUCAUGACUCCCUCGUAUCAAAACGAAGCGUUCAUCGAUCGUUCAUGGACCGCCACCGCCAUGGAUCAGUAAAACAAUUCUUGUCCGUUCUCUCUCACUCACUCGAAACUCUUUAACCAUCCCGUCAUUUUUCCGCCCCUCUUCUUCAUCGGCUCUUUGCUGCUAUUUUUAUUACGGUUCUGCCAGCCCAUUUUCCUUUAUCAUCCGCAUCCUUGUAAAUAAAUGAGAAAAAGAAAAAUGAAUACUAUUUAUUUUCAACCAGAAGUCGUUCAUG